UCCUCUAUCCCACCAUCAACCCUCCAUAAUUUGUCCACCACUUCAUCACCCCUCGACACCUUUAUCCUCCAUAAUCCCUCCUUCCUUCAUGUCUCCAUCACUCCCCCCCGAUCAGAGGUGGUGUCUCUUCGUGGUUCUUCUGGAAGUUUGAAGGUUCGAGGUUCCUCCUCUUCAGUUCAGUCUCUUCUUCAGUCGUACAGCAGGAAACCUCGAGGCCUCGGACGCAGCCUGAGCUCCUACCUGAACCACACAGCACGACUGGAGAUCGUCCACGAGGAUGUGAAGAUGAAUUCAGAUGGAGAAAGUGAUCCGGCUUCUUCUUCAGAUGACGUUCAGAGUCCAGUCAGAGUCAGACUGAGAAACAAGAAGAUCUCUACUGAGGACAUUAACAAGCGUCUCUCGCUACCAGCAGACCUUCGUCUUCCAGACGGUUACCUGGAGAAAUUUAAUGUGAUUGGUCCAGCUCUGUUUGAGCAGCCAAUCAGCAGACGGCUGCGCAGAGUGUCUCUGUCAGAGAUCGGUUUUGGGAAACUGGAGACAUACAUCAAACUGGACAAACUGGGAGAGGGGACCUAUGCCACAGUGUAUAAAGGUCGCAGUAAACUGACCGAUAACCUCGUGGCUCUGAAGGAAAUCCGCCUGGAACAUGAAGAAGGAGCUCCGUGUACUGCUAUCAGAGAAGGUACUACAGUACUAGGGGUGUAA